GCUUAAGAAACCACAAAUCCAUCAUAUCAUUCAUCAAACUAUUACAAACUUUCAAAAUGAAGUUCAGCUCAUCUCUCGUCGUUUUGUCUCUCUCUGCUCUCAGCCUGGCAGCACCCACGCCUACUGAGUGCAGUGCAGUCACUGCAGCUGAUGGAACUGUUACCAAGCGUUGCAACAUCCCUUGGACUAAGAAUUACGGAGAGUACGAUGAGAAGCGUGACCUCGAGGAGCGCACUGAGUGCAGUGCAGUUACCGAAGCCGACGGUACUGUCACGAAGCGUUGCAACAUCCCUUGGACCAAGAACUACGGAGAGUAUGACGAGAAGCGUGAUGUUAAGGAGCGCACCGAAUGCAGCGCAGUUACUGCUGCCGACGGAACUGUCACUAAGCGCUGCAACAUCCCUUGGACCAAGAACUAUGGCGAGUACGAUGAGAAGCGUGAUGUUAAGGAGCGUACUGAGUGCAGUGCCGUCACUGAAGCCGACGGAACUGUUACCAAGCGCUGCAACAUCCCUUGGACCAAGAACUACGGCGAGUACGACCAGUAAGGUUUUCGCCAGAAAAUCUGAAAUGAAACUCCAAGGAGUUCAGAUAACUGUGUGUGUUGCUUCAAGUAGGAGGGGGUAGUUUUACACAACUGAAGGAAGAUCAGCCAAGGGAAUGGAACACAAUAUUUCGCAGAUGUGUAGAGCAGAUCACUUCCAUAGCAUACAGUGUGCCAAUAAGACUACGCGAUAUGAAUGUUC